GCUGUACUGAUUUUUUUUGCCACUCUGCUGCAGUGCUGCUUCAUACUUUUUCUCGCCUAUAAAAUGUCCGCCACUGCUUCACUCUGCGCCACUUCCAGAACAACUUUCUCAUCAUCGAAGCCCGUCGCGAGAAGAAGCUGCUUCGUCGCGGUUCCCAAAAUCGCGUUUCCCAAGCUCCGUUUCAAACCCGUCGCUAUGGCUACGCUCGGCGCUCGCAUGGUGGCCGCCGCACCCACCGUCACUCCGCCGGCCUCGCUCGACUUCGAAACCUCCGUUUUCAAGAAGGAGAAGAUUAACCUCGCUGGACACGACGAGUACAUCGUGAAAGGAGGGAGGGAUUUGUUCCCUCUGUUGCAGGGUGCUUUCAAGGGGAUUAAGCAGAUUGGCGUCAUUGGAUGGGGUUCGCAGGGACCUGCUCAGGCACAGAAUUUGCGGGACUCGCUUGCUGAUGCAAAGUCUGAUAUUGUGGUCAAGGUUGGGCUCAGGAAAGGUUCUCGCUCCUUUAAUGAGGCUCGCGCAGCUGGUUUUAGUGAGGAGAAUGGAACUUUGGGUGACAUAUGGGAAACUAUCUCAGGCAGUGAUCUUGUGUUGCUCUUGAUUUCUGAUGCUGCACAGGCUGAUAAUUAUGAAAAAAUAUUUUCCCACAUGAAACCAAAUAGCAUACUGGGUCUGUCCCAUGGUUUUCUUCUUGGGCAUUUACAGUCAAUAGGACUUGAUUUUCCCAAGCACUUCAGUGUAAUUGCUGUCUGCCCGAAAGGUAUGGGUCCUUCUGUCAGGAGGCUGUAUGUCCAAGGCAAAGAGAUAAAUGGUGCUGGAAUUAAUUCGAGUUUUGCAGUCCACCAGGAUGUGGAUGGCAGAGCUACUGAUGUUGCUUUGGCAUGGUCUGUUGCCCUUGGUUCGCCUUUUACAUUUGCAACUUCGUUAGAGAUGGAAUACAGGAGUGACAUCUUUGGGGAGAGAGGCAUUUUACUUGGUGCUGUUCAUGGUAUUGUGGAAUCCUUGUUUAGGAGGUACACUGAACAUGGAAUGAGUGAAGAUUUGGCCUAUAACAACACUGUCGAGUCCAUUACAGGAACUAUAUCUAAAAUAAUCUCGACUAAGGGUAUGUUGGCUGUAUACAAUGCUUUAUCUGAAGAUGAAAAGAGGGAAUUUGAGAAAGCAUAUAGUGCUUCAUAUUAUCCAUGCAUGGACAUUUUGUAUGAGUGCUAUGAGGAUAUUGCUGCUGGAAGUGAGAUUCGCAGUGUUGUCUUGGCUGGGCGGCGCUUUUAUGAGAAAGAGGGUCUGCCUGCAUUUCCCAUGGGUAAAAUUGAUCAGACCCGGAUGUGGAAGGUUGGUGAGCGUGUCCGUUCUACAAGGCCAGCUGGUGAUCUAGGUCCAUUAUACCCAUUUACUGCUGGGGUCUACGUGGCAUUGAUGAUGGCCCAGAUUGAGAUCCUGAGGAAGAAGGGGCAUUCUUACUCUGAAAUUAUUAACGAGAGUGUCAUUGAGUCUGUUGAUUCUUUGAAUCCUUUCAUGCAUGCUCGUGGUGUUUCAUUCAUGGUUGAUAACUGUUCAACUACGGCAAGGUUGGGUUCAAGGAAAUGGGCUCCCCGAUUUGAUUACAUCCUAACCCAGCAGGCCUUGGUGGCUGUGGACAAUGGAGCACCUAUCAACCAGGACCUAAUCAGCAACUUCCUGUCAGACCAAGUGCAUGGAGCCAUUGAAGUUUGUGCUCAACUGAGACCUACAGUAGACAUUUCUGUGCCACCAGAUGCAGACUUUGUCCGUCCCGAGUUGCGUCAGUCUAGCAAUUAGAACUUGAACCAAAUUCUUGAGCCUAUUCCUUUUUGGAAUGCUUAGAAUAGCAGCUGUCCUGUUGGUUUGAAUUUUGUUCAUAUGGUUGAGUGCUGUGCUGUGGAAGUCUGUAUUAUCACUAUGUAGUACUGAGAUUUUAAUAAUGGGGAAUGUUGCUUAAUGUGAAUUAGAAAUGAGUUAAUAAGACAA